AUCUAGAAAAGUAUAAUGCCAAAAGGAAAGUAAAGCAAAUAAGAACAAGUUAAAACAACUGAAGUUGUUGACAAGAAAAUUAAAAAAGGAAAAAAGGCAAAAGCUAAUGAUGAACCAGCUGAAUAGCCUGCAUCACCACCUUAAUCUCCAAUUAAAAAGGGAAAAAAAUAAACAUAAGAAAAAAAACCAAAGGCUACUAAGGAUAGAUUUAGUAAUUUUUAAUUUGAAAUAAGAUAAACUUUAUUACCCUGAAACUCCUAACCAAUAAUUCCCAAAUUAAUUACAAGAAAAUGUAAUUAGUGUAAUUGCUUCAUUUGGAACAUCUGCACCAUUAAAAGAUAUUACAAAUAACCUCAGUUUGUUCUACACAAACUAAGUUGAAGAAUAGGCUGUUCAUAGUUUUUUGGCCUAAGCAGAAGAAAGUGGAAUUAUCUAUGAAAGAUCAGGAUAAUACCACGUUGCCAAUGAAUUGAUUCCACCAUAAGUAUUGGAAUGUAUUAAAAUUCUAGCCAUAACCAAAAUAAGUUGUAUCUCAAAGCAUUGAAUAAGAAGCAUUGCCACUAUAGGGAAUUGAAUCUGCAGUAAAAUAACAUUAAGAUAACGAUUAAAUUGAUUUUGAAGAAUAAAUUUAACACCAAGCAAGUGAGAAAAAAUAUGGUACAUAUUUAUAUUAAUUAAUAAAGCACAUAACGAGAAUGAUGAACCUCAGAAUUUAUUUGAUAAUUGA